AUGAACCUUGCACUGGAGAGCGGCUCGUGGAAUUUGGUCCGUGAACUGGUCGGCAAGAAUGAAAUGAAUGAUUUUUCCUGGGAACAGCUGUGUUAUAUUGUUGACGAAUUGGAUGUGGGCACCCACAUCACGACCGCCAUUGCUCUCAGCAUUUUUGUGAUGGUCUGCCUUCAGCAUCCAGACGCAGUCAGCCGGGCUCAGCGGGACUUGGACUCGGUCGUGGGACCAAACCGACUACCUGAAUUCGACGAUAUUGAGAAUCUGCCAUAUAUGCAUGCCUUUAUUAAUGAAAUGCUCCGCUGGCAGCCCGUUACGCCUUUUGGGGCUCCGCAUGGUCUCACUACGGACGAUGAAUACAUGGGUUAUCGAAUCCCGAAAGACGCAAUCAUUCUUCCACACCACUGGUCCAUUGGCCGCAGCCCCGAAGUUCAUGGAGAUCCGGAGGUCUUUCGGCCAGAGCGCUGGCUGGAGCACCCUGACACACCCCUGGCAGCAUUUUCCAUCAGCCGAAGAGCCUGCUCGGGACAAAGGGUUGCACGCAACACGCUGUUUAUCGUGAUUUCCCGCUGUCUCUGGGCCUAUGACGUUGUUUGCCCAAAGCAGGGUGAAUGCCACAGCCGCGCGAAUUCUGGCUUUCUUGCUUGUGUAUCCCCCUUUGGUGUGUCAUUUAGGAGUCGAGGUCACCAAUAUCAGGAGACGAUAGAGAGGGAAUGGUCGACAACUAACAGGGAUGUGGGAGCCCUUCUGGCCCACAUCGGAAAGGAAUGUUUCGGGCCCUAG